AUGGGGCGGCGCGAGGCAAGCGGCGCCGCGGCCGUGGCAGGCGCGAGCAGCGAUGCGUGGGUCGCGGCGGCGGCGGCGUCGGUGAGGGCGGCGAGCACGGCGGCGGCGGCGGCGGCGGCGGGCGGCGCGGCGGGCGGCGCGGCGGGCGGCGCGGCGGGCGGCGCAUUGGAGAGGACGGUGCGGCAGAGCGGGCUGCCCCUAGGGCUGCCCUCCGCAGAGCCCUUCCCAAAGGCGGAGGAGGCGAUGCGGCGCGGCGAGGCGCUGCUGGCGGAGCUCGAGGCGGAGGCGGAGGCGGAGGCGCGCAGCAAGGAGAGCAAGAGGAGCAAGAAGAGGAAGAAGAAGAAGGGCAAGGGCGAGGCCGUGGGGCCAUCGCAGGGCGAGGCGUCGCAGGGCGAGGCGGAAGUCGCAAAAGAGACGGAGGAAGAGGCGGCGGCGGAAGCCGCGGAGGCGGAGGCCGUCGCCGCGGCGGUGGCGGUGGAGGUGGCGGCGGUGGCGGUGGAGGUGGAGGCGGCAGCGACGAAGGCGGAGGCAGUCGAGGCGGAGGCGGAGGAGGCGACAGCGGAGUCGGGGCCUGCCGAGCUGCUGCCGCUGCUCGCGGAGAUCUCGCUGGCAGACGCCAGCUUCGAUACCGGCCGCCCUGUUCCCGAGUCCACCCUAGGCGGCGAGACCACGUGCAUCAUAUGCUUCACAAACCCAAAGUCGCACGUCGCGGUGCCUUGCGGCCACUUGUGCGCUUGCGGGCCCUGCUCGGACCGCAUGUCGGCCUGCCCGUACUGCCGUGAGCCUGUUGCGUUGUGGGUGCUCACGCGCCCUGUCUAG